AUGAUGAAGAGGACGACGAUGGCCACGACGCACGCGGAGGUCGCUCCUGCCACGGUGCGCUGGUGCGACUAUGGCGUGGACGACGACGCCGACAUCGACGCGUUGCUUCGGGACAUACACGCCGCCGUGCGCCCUCGCGCCCCCGCUGCCGCGGACCUGCUGAUGCCGCCUCAGGAGUUUCUUGCGCGGUCUCGGCGACACAACUAUCACUACAACUACGAGGACAGCGACUUUCAGGCCGUUCUCCACGGUAUUCGGAGCGUUCGGAUCCCAGCCGCCGGCUUUGCUUCGAUGCCGGUGGAUGCUUCUGACGGCUCCCCAAGGACACCAGCAGCAGCGGUGGUGCUUGCAGCGCCGCUCAGCUACGGCGACGAUGCCACCGAGGCCGAUGUGGUCACCAUCAAGAUGUCGCCCAAGAUGAAGCAGCCACCGCAGUACGACUACGACGCCGACAUCGACGCCAUGUUCCGGACCAUGGAGAUAGAGGCCAUGGAACGUCCCUCGCCAGACUACCUCAGCCAUCGACAGGGAGGGGAGAUGAUGAUGAUGGACCGCGCCGAUCUCAUCGACAAGAUGCAUCGCUUCUCCACACACUACGACCUCGCCCCGAGAGCGUUCCACCGCGCAGUCUCCUUCGUCGACUGGUUCCUGUCGGCCAAGAAGAUCAACCGCGACGAGCGCCAGAUUUGCCUCCUCGGCGCCGCAGCCAUCUUCGCGGUGGCCAAGUACGAGGACAGGAACACCGUGCUGAAGAUCAACUCCGACCACGUCGCCAUGUACGCUGGUGCACCCGAAGCGAGGCUGUCGACCAGGAGCGCCAGCUGGUUGCCGUGCUCGGCUACCGCCUGA